GCUCUGCAUCCUGCCUCCGCACCACACGCCCUCGAGAAAACACCCCACCUAUGUCGCUCGCUGCGCAUCCGCGAUAGUCUUUCACCUCUCCUACUCUUGCGAACGCCUCCUCGACGGAGGGUCGCAGGGUCGCCACCGUUAUGCUAAUUCUCCGGGCUGUGACAGCCGCCAUCACCGUCGCCCUCGCAACGCUCGCUGCCGCAACGUCGACGGCGCGAGAGCCGCUACAGCGCAUCGGGCUCGCGAAGAACCCGUCCAUACUCACGCAGAACCACCGCGUGACUGCCUUGUCGACAUUCGACCUCGCUUUUGACUUCGCCGGACAGCGCGUAAGGCUCAGCCUCGAGCCGAACCACGACCUCUUUGUCGAGGGCGCGAGAGUCACCUAUCUCGGGUCGGAUGGCCGCAUCGAAAAGGAGGAGCCCCUGGACCGGCUACAACACAAGAUAUACAAGGGCGCCGCAUGGCUGAAGAGGGGGAAUCGCUGGGACAAUGUGGGGUGGGCCCGGAUAGACGUCCGCAGGGACGGCGUACGACCACUAUUCGAGGGAACCUUUACCGUGAACCACGACCACCACCAUGCGCUGCUGGCAUCGAGCUACAAGCAGACGCGCAUGGACCAGGACCCAGACAUCGACCUACGCGGCGAUGACUUCAUCGUCGUCUUUCGGGAUUCGGACAUGGGCCUCCGUCAAGAGCACUCGGAGCUGAAGAAAAGGUCGGCUGGUCUGGCGUGCGGAAGUGACUCUUUGGGCUUCAACAGUCAGGAAGACCACCCUGUGUAUGCGGGCAUGCGGGCGCGGAGCGACAAGUUCUUCUCCAUGCCAUUUUCCGCGCUCAUGGGCAAGCGACAGCUGGACAACUCGCCCGGCGGCGGCAACGGCGCAGGUGUCAAUCUUGUCUCGAGCAUUGGCAGCACCGCCGGCUGCCCGACUACGCGCAAAGUCGCACUUGUCGGUGUCGCCACCGACUGCACCUACACGCAAUCCUUCAACUCAUCGACCGACAAUGCCCGUGACAACGUCAUCAAGCAGAUGAACUCCGCUUCCGAACUAUUCGAGAGCACAUUCAAUAUCUCACUCGGCCUCGCUAAUCUAUUAGUCCUUAAUGCAACUUGUCCUACCGAACCCCAGCAAGCCACGCCCUGGAACCAGGCUUGCAGCGAUAGCGUCGAGAUCCAAGCCCGACUCAAUCUGUUCUCGCAGUGGAGGGGCCAACAGCAGGAUAACUAUUCUCACUGGACGCUCCUAAGCACAUGCAACACAGCAUCAGCUGUAGGGCUAGCAUGGCUUGGUCAAGCCUGUGUGACGGGCUCGCAAGGGUCCAAUUCCUCGGAUGGAUCCGCAGAAACCGUAGCCGGAGCCAAUGUGGUUGUGCGGACGUCCACUGAGUGGCAGGUCAUUGCGCAUGAAACCGGUCACACCUUCGGCGCUGUCCACGAUUGCACCUCCGACGCCUGCCAAAACUCGAACAUGGUCAACGCUCAACAAUGCUGUCCUCUCAGUGCCAACCAGUGUGACGCCGGCGAGCAGUUCAUCAUGAAUCCUUCCACCGCCCAGGGAAUCACGCGCUUCUCUCCAUGCUCCAUUGGCAACAUCUGUUCCGCGUUGGGAAGAAACAGUGUCAAGUCGACAUGCCUUAGUAACAAUAAGGGUGUUACUACAAUUUCCGGCCAGACAUGCGGCAACGGCAUCGUGGAAGGCGACGAGCAAUGCGACUGCGGCGGUGAAGCAGGCUGCGGGGACAACCAAUGCUGUGAUCCGACUACAUGCAAGUUCAUGAACAACGCCGUGUGCGACGACUCGAACGAAGACUGCUGCCGAAGCUGCCAAUUCGCAUCCGCCGAAACCGUGUGCCGGCCCAGCUCUGGCUCCUGUGAUCCUGAGGAGAAGUGCACAGGGAGCUCUCCAUAUUGUCCGGAUGAUAAGACGCAGAAAGAUGGUACUGAUUGCGGCAACGGCCUGAAGUGUGCUAGCGGUCAAUGCACGUCGCGAGAUCAGCAGUGCAAGACCAUCAUGGGCAGCUACACCCAGGGCAAUGAUACGUACGCUUGCGACAACAGCAACUGCAUGCUGAGCUGCGCAAGUCCGGAAUUUGGAAGCGGCGUCUGCUAUGGCUUACAACAGAAUUUCUUGGAUGGCACGCCGUGCGUGGGCGGUGGCACAUGCCAAAACGGUGCAUGCUCUGGCUCCUCUGUGGGCAACGAAGUCAGAAGUUGGAUCAACGACCACAAAAACCUCGUCAUUGGCCUGGCCUCGGCCAUCGGCGGCCUUAUCAUUCUCUCCAUCAUCGGCUGCUGCUGGCGCAGCUGCAGGCGCAGGAAACACCGAAAGAUAUAUGCGAACAGUGUGGCUGCGUACGGUGGCCCCCCUCCGCACAAUCCUUACGCGCAAAGCCGAUCGAGAAGUAGAGGGAGGAGAAGCGGGCCCGUCGUCCCGAGCCCGACGGGCAGCGGUGGUCCGCUAAUGAGCCAGCAGAAUGGCUGGGCGCCGCAAACUUCGCAUCACGGUCCUAGUAUACCAUCUCCGCCGCCGAUGUAUCAGCGGAACGGAAGUGUGCGCUACGCUUAAUGUUGUUCAUAUCGCUUCGCAAGCGUAUAAUCGGUUUCGGGAAGGGAAAUGUGUAUUGGGAAGCGCUCCUUUUGCAUUUCGAGUGCGUGUUGAUUUGACGAAAAAAUUUACCUCACGAUCAUUUGGGACGGCGUUUUAGGGGCUUUGGAGCGACUUUUGCAUACUUACCGCUUUGCACGGCGUUUCUGGGUCUGGCUCUUAGAUGGGUUUGCGAGCAUUGGGGGUUUAUCCCGGCUCGCUUUUGCUUUUCAAGACUGUUUCCCUAGAGUGGAGACGGAAUCGGUAUAUGGGAAGGGAAUUCUUGGAUUAUAGGGUCCGAAGAGUAGAUAUCCACAUUAGGCUGUAUGAUUGUGGUUCUGUUGUGAGAUGGAAAGGGUGGUGGAAUCGGGGUAAAUAGCAUCUCGGAAUGGAAUGGAAGUCUACAGCGCCGUCUUGAAUCCGCUCACGGCUCUAC